UCUUCGAACGCGCCGCGGCAGCCAUGUUGGACGUGGCCAGCACAGGGGCCGGCACCAGGGGGUUAUCCAAGCAGCUGUCACGAUGCUGGGGGCCCUGGUGUUAAGGAGAACAGCGCUGGCGCCGCGGCUCCUCCUCCAUCUGCUUAGGUCUCCAUCACUCGGGAGCCACCGAGGUCCCUCCGGCCGGAGUGUGACCACCGGGGGCUGCGGGGAGCCGCAGUGGCUAAGGGCGGCCAUCGGGGGGCGUCCUGGAACAUCGCUGGCCUCGCUCACCCGAAGAGGGGCAGCCACCGGGGGGCGCCAGGGAAGACGCACGGAGACCCAGUGCCUCGCAGCCGCCACAUGGGGACGCCUUCCUGGCCCCGAAGACACACUCCCCGGACAGAACUGCUGGAAUGGGGUCCCCACCAGAGGCAGACUGGGCAUGUGGGCCCUGGCCACGGCGCUGGUGGUUCACUGUUACAGCAAGAGCCCGUCCAACAAGGAUGCAGCCCUGAUGGAAGCUGCUCGAGCCAACAAUGUUCAAGAAGUCAGCAGGCUGUUGUCGGAAGGUGCAGAUGUCAACGCAAGGCACAAACUUGGCUGGACAGCACUUAUGGUGGCAGCCAUCAGCCGAAACGACAGUGUGGUGCAGGUCCUGCUUGCUGCUGGUGCUGACCCAAACCUUGGAGACAAUUUCAGCAGUGUUUACAAGACUGCCAAGGAGCAGGGAAUCCAUUCUUUGGAAGAUGGGGGACAGGACGGUGCAGGCUGGAGCAUCACAAACCAGUGGACAGGUGCCCUGGAAUUCAGGAGAUGGCUAAGCGUCCCCACUGGCGUUCUGGUCACCCGAGAAGAUGACUUCAACAACCGGCUGAACAACCGCGCCAGCUUCAAGGGCUGCACAGCCCUGCACUAUGCUGCCCUUGCGGACGACUACCGCACCGUCAAGGAGCUGCUUGAUGGAGGAGCCAACCCCCUACAGAGGAAUGAAAUGGGACACACACCCUUGGACUAUGCCCGAGAAGGGGAAGUGAUGAAGCUUCUAAGGACUUCUGAGGCCAAGUACCAGGAGAAGCAGCGGAAGCGUGAAGCUGAGGAGCGGCGCCGAUUCCCACUGGAGCAGCGGCUGAAGGAGCACAUCAUUGGCCAGGAGAGUGCCAUUGCCACCGUGGGUGCAGCGAUCCGGAGGAAGGAGAAUGGCUGGUAUGACGAAGAACACCCUCUGGUCUUCCUCUUCUUGGGAUCAUCUGGAAUAGGAAAAACAGAGCUGGCCAAGCAGACAGCCAAAUACAUGCACAAAGAUGCCAAAAAGGGCUUCAUCAGGCUGGACAUGUCUGAGUUCCAGGAGCGGCAUGAGGUGGCCAAGUUUAUUGGGUCCCCACCAGGCUACAUCGGCCACGAGGAGGGUGGCCAGCUGACCAAGAAGCUGAAACAAUGCCCCAAUGCCGUGGUGCUCUUUGACGAGGUGGACAAGGCCCAUCCAGAUGUGCUUACCAUCAUGUUACAGCUGUUUGAUGAGGGCCGACUGACAGAUGGAAAAGGCAAAACCAUCGACUGCAAGGACGCCAUCUUCAUUAUGACCUCCAAUGUGGCCAGUGACGAGAUCGCACAGCACGCACUGCAGCUGAGGCAGGAAGCUUUGGAGAUGAGCCAUAACCGUAUCGCCGAGAACCUUGGGGAUGUCCAAAUUAGUGACAAGAUCACCAUAUCAAAGAAUUUCAAAGAGAACGUGAUUCGGCCCAUCCUGAAAGCUCACUUCCGGAGGGAUGAGUUUUUGGGACGAAUCAACGAAAUCGUCUACUUCCUCCCCUUCUGCCACUCGGAGCUCAUCCAGCUAGUCAACAAGGAAUUGAACUUCUGGGCCAAGAGAGCCAAGCAAAGGCACAAUAUCACACUGCUCUGGGACCGAGAGGUGGCAGACGUGUUGGUUGAUGGCUACAAUGUGCACUAUGGCGCCCGCUCCAUCAAGCAUGAGGUAGAACGCCGUGUGGUGAACCAGUUGGCAGCCGCCUAUGAACAGGACCUGCUGCCAGGGGGCUGUACUCUGCGCAUCACUGUGGAGGACUCAGACAAGCAGCUACUCAAGAGCCCUGAUCUGCCCUCACCCCAGUCUGAGAAGCGCUCACCCACACUGCGGUUGGAGAUCAUCGAUAAGGACAGCAAGACCCACAAACUGGACAUCCGGGCACCACUACACCCUGAGAAGGUGUGCCACACCCUCUAGCAUCUACCUACCUGCCUAGUGCCCUCAACGUCCAAUAAAGGCCCCUCAGCUGUGGCAUGACAACUGACCUACCUUCCCCUCAUACCUCUUACUCCUCUCCCCCCAGCCUCUUACCUCCUCACAACCCCUGCAAGACCCCUCCCCUGCCCGCUUUGUUGUGGGUCCAAAGCUUGCUAACAGUCUCCAGGAGGAGCUGCCCCUGCACCUCCUUCAAGCAGAGAGGAGAGGAGGUCCCUUAUCUCUGUCCUUCAGCAUGAUCUCCAUGCCCCAUAGUCUCUGGAACUUGAUUGUGUUCUCUGGAAGCUCAGAAGUAUGGCAGCUAAGAACAGAUCUGGCUGGAAGAAGACAGGGCCCAGACUAUGACCUGCCACCCUCUGCUGGCCCUCAGAAUGUCUCCACAGAGCGUGGAGAAAGAGUACAGAGGCUCAGGCACAGAGGUUCUUCAGUUGAGGCUGUAACUACCUCUUUUCCAUGCCCUAAAAUUCCAAGGGAAAGGGACCCAUAGAACCCUUCCCCCUUCCACUGCCAUAUCAUAGCUACUGUUCCUUCUCACCCUGUGUUCUGGGGUCAGGCCAGACCAGGUUUCUCCGCCUUGGAACUAGCCGAUGUAGAGCAAUUCUAGGAGGAAGGCUGACUGGGUCACCACACUGGCCUGCUCUGGGACUCUAAUGCCAAAUGAUCCAAGUAAGCUCAACUCUCUGAGACCUCCUUCAGGAGACUAACAACAUAGACCCUGGGGAGCUCUAGGGGAAAAGCUAGAGAUCAUGGGGUCUGCCUCAGCCCUAUCUACACUGCUGUCCCAGCUAAGUUAGCCUGGAAUAAACAGCUCCCCCAUGCAGCCUGCAUGUUAGGCACUAAGCAGGUCUGCACACCAUUCCCUUUGUUUCAGCCGCAGCUUAGCUGAGCACAGCAAGGCCUACUGUGUCCUUGGGCAUCAUCUGCAGUCCCCAUUGGUGAUCACCCUCUCCCUGCAGGGCCGUUUGGAACCCUCCUUUGGUGUUAGCGCAUCUCUUUCAGGAAGCAGAAAAUGGGGGCAGGAAGCAAAGUCCCUUGUGUGAUGGAAGAAUGUCAUACAUAACAAUAUGGUGGGUAGAAGACAGUCAUAAGCCAGGAUGUGGGCUCUAACAAUCAUUAUCUAGCCCCUCAAGGAGCUCUGUCUGCUGCUCCCUACCUCAGUGACUGCUGUCCUUUUUUUUUCUUCCUUAAAAUAUUUUUAGAAUUACAGAAAGUUGCAAAAAUAAUAGAAUUAAUGUAUAACCUUCACCUAGCUUCCCCUAAUAUUAAGAUCUUAUAAAACCAUGGUAUAAUUGUUAAAAUCAGGAAAUUAACAUUGGUACAGUUCUACUAACUAAUCUGUGGACAUUCAAAUUUUUCCAAUUCUGCUACUGAUGUUCUUUUUCUGGUUCAGGAUCUAAGGCAUGUUCAGGGUCCUGCCUUGCAUUUUGUUGUCAUGUUUCCUUCAUCUCUUUCAACCUAUGAUAGUUCCUCUGUCUUUCUUUGACUUUCAUGACCUUGACACUUUUGAAAUGUCCAGGUCAGUUAUUUUGAGGAAUGUCCCUCAAUUUGGUUAAUCUACUGUUUUCACAUGAUUAGAUUAAGGGUCUACAUUUUUGGCAAGACAAGGACCCCAGGAAGAGUGUGCCCUUCUCAGUGCCUUCCAGCAGGGGAUAAAGUUUACUUUGAUCACAUGGCUGAGGUGGUAUGCAUCAAGUUUCUCCACUGUAAAAUUACAGAUUCUCUUUUGAAAUUAGGAAGGGUCUUGUGAGGGGAUACUUUGAAGCCAUGCAAAUGCCUUAUUUACCCUUAGAAUUUCCCCUCCUGAUUUUAGUAUCCAUUGAUGUUUCUUAUUGUUUAAAUAUAUUUUUAUUGAUUUCAGAGAGGAAGGGAGAGGGAGAAAGAGAUAGAAACGUCAAUCAUGAGAGAAAAUCAUUGAUCAGCUGCCUCCUGCAUGCCCUACACAGGGGAUUGGGCCCGCAACCCAAGCAUGUGCCCUGACCAGAAUCGAACUGUGACCUGGUUCAUAGGUUGACAUUCGGCCAUGCCAGCGGGGCCCAUCGAUGGUUCUUGCUUACAGCAAGUAUUAAUGUUCUAUUUGCCUAAUGAUGACUUUCUGUUUCCUUAUUAAUAUAUUUCGUUAUUAAUAUAUUUAUUAAUUGGCAUUCUGUAAGGAAGAGCUGUCUCUUUCCUCCCAUUUAUUCAAUAAUUUCUUUAUAACAGUAUAAACUAAUAGAUAUUUGUUUUUUUCUAUGGUUUAUAAUCUAAUACAAAGUUUCUUUUGUUGCUCUUUUAGGCCUAGAUUUGGCCGUUGAACUCUGUAAAGUUGGAUCCUGUGUUGUUUCAGCAUUGCCCCCAUCAUUUUUUUUUUUAGCACUUCCUUACUUUCUGGCACCACAAGAUAUUUCAAGUUCACUUGAAAUAUUUUUCUUGUCCCAGCCCUAACAUCAGCCAUUUCUCCAAGCAGCACCUGGUUCCUUUUAUUCGAGAAUGAUACUUAAAAACCAAGAUCUGGACAUUAGGUGUAUUCAUUGCCACUGGAGUGUCGUUGCUUCUAGGCCCUUUCAGCACACAGAACUAUGAAAUAUAUGUAUGUAUGUUAACACAUGCAUCACACACAUCUGAUUUUAUUGCCAUGUCUCUGUAUCUGUAUAUUAUUUAAAAAACAUGAAUUCAUAUUGAUACCUACAGUUCCAAUCCAAAAUCACAUAGUUUGUGACUGCCAUUAUUAUGACUUUACUAUUCUUAUUCUGCUUUUCCUCUCCUGCUAUCUCUGUUUCUUCUCUUUUCAUUCUGUUUUGUGUUAGAUAAAAUUAUUUUGCCUGACUGUCAGUCCCUUGGUUCAAUGAACUAUGGCCAUGAGCAGCAGGCAUAUAACUCAAAAUCAGGUAACUUUUUAAAUGUUUUUAUUUCUUUUUAGAGAGAGAGGAAGGGAGAAGGAUAGAGAGAUGGAAACAUCGAUGAGAGAGGAACAUCAUCAGUUGACUGCCUCCUGAAUGGCCCCUUACUAGGGAUAGAGCCUGCAACCGAGUGAGGUACAUGCCCUUGACCAGAAUCGAACCCGGGACCCUUCGGUCCACAGGCCAAUGCUCUAUCCACUAAGCCAAACCUGCUAGGGCAAAACCAGGUAACUUUUAUACAAGAAAACCCAAUGCCACCUUUCUGAAAAGAGGAUCGGGGAGAGAGUAAACCCUCAGUUUCUGAGGAACUUAAGUAAUACUUCUAGGGAUUCUUAGUUAGACCUCUUUGGUGAUGUUGGACCCUAUCUUAUGCUUCCUUGGCAUCCUAUGCAGUAUUCAGCUCCCUUACUUGUCUUAUGUCUCUUUGUCACCAGAAUGUGAGGUCCAAGAGGGCAGACACUAGUUGUUCAGCUCACUGUCCUAUUCAUAGCCCCUGGCACAGUGCCAGCAUGUGAUGGACGCUCCAGGUAUUUGGGUGAAUUGUGGACCCUGUGGCAGGCACAUGUCUUCACAGUAGGUCGCAGGACAGAACAGUGUUAUUUGUUCACUGAGCACACAUUUAUUUGUCAUGUGCUUGUGGCCAGGCAAUAGGACUUGCCAGGAUGGACCCCCAGAACAAAUGGGGCAAAUUAAGACCCAGGUACCUUAUUGACUAUCCUGAAAUACAUAAGGCUGGACUGGGAGAUGGAAAUGUAACACCAGCACCUUUAUUGUUCAAAAAAGAAAAGCUCAAAACUGUGUAGUGAUAAUUUUAGAAAUGUAGAAAAAAAACACAUUUAAACCACAAUAAUAUAGGAAAUAGACUAAUAAAGAUAAAAUCUGAAGUUAAUGAAGUAGGAAACUAAAAGUAAUAAUAAAAGAUAAAUAGAAAAAUGAUUCUUUGAAAACACCAGUAAAAUAGAUAAAACUGUCUUAGCCUAAUAAAGGGGAAAAGAACAAAAGAAUAAAACAGGAUUGGAAAUGAGAAAUCAGACAUAACUAUAUAUAUACAUAUAUGGAAGAAUUUUAAAUAAUUGGAGUGUUUUAUGGCAACAAAUUGUAAAACAGGGCAAACAGAUAAUUUUCUAGCAAACACUGACCCAAGGUAUUGUUUGAAUGGACAAAUUAAUUACCAAAGAAGAAAUCGGAAAGGUGAUUAAAAUUUUAUCCUUUUUGUCUUCUUAUUUUAAACUUUUUUAUUGCUAUAUAUGGAAAAGUGCAUAGAUCACAAGUAUACAGUUCAAUUAUCACAAAGUGAACACCAAAAAAAUAGAUAAGUUGCAUUUUUUAAUUAAUAUGUAAACUGCUUCAAACCAUGGGAAAAUAUGAAAAAAAUGCUCCAUAUAUUUUUCUUUUUUAAUUUUUUUUUAAAUCCUCACCUGAGGAUAUUUUUCCAUUGAUUUUUAGAGAGAGUGGAAGGGAUCGGGAGAGACAGAGCGAGAGAAACAUAAAUGUGAGAGAGAUACAUCAGAUUGAUUACCUCCUGCGCGUGCCCCGACCAGAAGUACGCACAGGAGGCAAACUAAAGUACAUGCCCUUGACCGGAAUUGAAACCAGGACCCUUCAGUUUUUGGGCUGACCCUCUACCCACUGAACCAAUCCAACUAGGGCUCAUCGCUGAUGUUUCUAUCCUCCUUUCCCUUCCUCUCUGAAAUCAAUAAAAAUAUUUUUUUAGAAAACAAUAGCAAACAUUAUCCUUAACUAUAAAUACUAAAGCUAAUUCUGUUAAAGUCUGAAAUAAGACAAGAUUCAACAUUGCUUUGAAAAUGCAGGUAAAAGCAAUUAGCUAAGAAAUCUAAUUGGUAAAAAAAAUAUAUAAUUGGUAUAAAUAUUGGAAAAUAAUAAAUUAUAUUUAGGAAAUCCAAAAGACUACAGUAAAGCUUACUAGAAUUACUAAGGAAAUUUGGUAGGUACCUAAAUAAAAGAUAACUACAUAAAAAUCAGUAGCUUUUUUCUAUCCUAGCAAUAAUCAACCAGAAACAGUACAAGGGAAAGCGUUCCAUUCAUAAUAAUUGCAACAAAUAGGUAUAUAUAUUUGCUCAUAUAUACAUAAAGUGCCUCUGGAAGAGAGGAGAGUUGGGUAGAGAGGGGAUAGCAAUGGAAGGGAAAAUUCACUGAAUUCAUUUUUACAUUAUUAAAUUUUGAAUCCUAUUAAUGUGUUACCUAUUCAAAAUUAUGUAAUACUUAAUAACUUUAAC